CCCCCAUUGGAGACUUCAAAUCAACUACUCCUUCCUGUUCCUCAUAUUUUUUUAGUCCCACUUCCCAUUUUCCCAUGUAUAAUGACCCACAGUAAACCCUAAAGUUCACAACAAAACAUCCUCAUUUGUCAUCAACUCAAUUGGUUCCUUCCUUCCUUCCCCUGCUGUCUGUCCCUCAGCUGCUCUCUUCCAUUCCAACUCACCCACCUACAUCCCCCACUCCUAUUUAAUACUCACCACCAGUGGCUGGCCACCUUCACUGUUGCCCUCUUUCCCUGCCAAUAAUUCAACCUCAACCCUGUGGUUGUGUGGUCAAUCUUCCUGUGUGAAGCUGUUGGCUGAUGCGAGUGCGGUGGAGAGAGUUGGCUUGCUGUUGACGUCGACUGUUCUUGAACGACUGUGCCAGCUUUUUGAUCUACUUGUGUUAUUCCCAUACUUGAGAGUCGAGGGUGCUGGCUAUGCUACGAUCUGUGGUUGCAAAGGCCUGGUGAUCUCUCAUAUCUGCUUGUGAUUAGAGGAACCAGAUUUGACGCAUUUUGGCAAACACACGAGUGCGGAUGGGUGCAAAGAGAGUGUGACAAGAGAGGAGAGGGAAAAGGAGGUGGUGUUUGACAUAGCGCGCAGAGUUCUUAGGAGGGGGGUGGUUGCUUUCAUGGACUGGGAUCCGAAGAUGCCUCCAUGGGAUUUUCCCGAAUUCGACCGCGGCACUGAAGCCAACCUUGGCUCUGUGCUGGACGGAUCAGGUGUUGGUUUUGCUAAGCGAUUGCCAUUGAGUGGCAUGGAGUGUUCUGUCGAUCUCAAGCUCGGGGGAUUGGGCGAUUCCGGGUCAUCAUACAAGUGUAAGGAGCAACCAAGAAUAUCCACGGCAGCCACAAUAACCACGGCAGCAUCUUCUUCAUCGGGUCCUUCGAAGAGGCAGCGAGCCCCAAGCAAUGUAGGCCAGAAUGCUUCGUGCAUGGUUGAUGGGUGCAGAGCAGAUCUCAGCAAAUGCAGGGAGUACCAUCGCCGCCACAAGGUCUGUGAGGUUCAUUCCAAGACUCCUGUGGUUGUGGUCGGAGGCCAUGAGCAACGAUUCUGCCAGCAGUGCAGCAGAUUUCAUUCGCUUACGGAGUUUGAUGAGGUAAAGAGAAGCUGUCGCAAACGUCUCGAUGGGCAUAAUAGACGACGAAGGAAACCCCUGCCAAGUUCUAUAAAUUCAGGAACAAGGUUCCCGCCAUAUUCUCAGGUCUUUCCGACUUCCACAACAGAGCCAAACUGGGUUGGAAUCGACAAUGCACGAUUUACACACCCAAUAGUACCGAAUCUCUUCGACCGGAACCUCUCUUUUUCAAACUCUUCUCACAUCUACGGCAAAGAAAGAAAGCGGUUCCCAUUCUUGCAAGAGAGUGAGACCAACCUCAGCAGCAUAACCACAAUCGGAGCUUUCGUAGGCCAAACACAUCUAAUGGGAAACACUCCGUCUGUUGUUGGCGUCGGCGGCAGCAGCAGCAGCAAGUUGUUUGCCGGCGAUGUAACUCGAGUCUUCCCUUCUGAUUGUGCUCUCUCUCUUCUGUCAUCUCCAAAUCAGACAUCAGGUAUCUUCAACUCGAGCCCCAUGAUGCAAUGGGCCAAUCAGAUUUGCACAGUCCAACCGCCUCUCGGUGCGAGCUUGCAGUAUGGCGAUCUCAGGCAGUACGGUCACUCCACUUCCGAGCCAGUAGGCUACUCAUGCUCAAGCAUGGAGAAUGGGAGGACUGUCUUGGUCUCAGAUUUCCGGCUCGGGGAUGAAGGGUCCUCAGAUAGUACAUCUCAAGCUCUUCCUUUCCCAUGGCAGUAGGCCAGCCUCCCUUUAAAGGACACCAUUAGGCAGAUCUUGAUCUUUUCAUCCUUAGAUUGUCUAUAUUCUUAGAUUCCUCAAAGAUCAAAUUAUGUUCACUUCUUAUCAGGAGGACUGAUAACUGAUCAUUUCUGAAAUCAUGGUUGUAUUAA